AUGAAAGCCACCUUCUUUUCCAAAAUAGUAUGUCUUGCCCUAGCAUCUGCCUCUGCUUUUGUAGCAUGCUCAGCAGAUAAAACCUCUGCGCUGAACAGUGAGUCCGGUAACGUGCUGCAGGCUUUCAACGAAAACGAAAUUCAAUGCGUAAGAAACCUAUGCGAAGUCGUGUGCCCUCCAAAGGUAUGCAGGCCAGUGUGCCCUCCUAACCCCUGCGAUGCUAUAUGCCCUCCUAGGCCACUGUGCCCACCAAACCCAUGCAGACCCAUAUGCCCACCAAAUCCAUGUGAAGUUAUAUGCCCUCCUAGGCCGCUGUGCCCACCAAACCCAUGCGAUAACCCAUGCAAUGUGAACAGCUGCACAGACAUGGAGCUGGCACGGUUCUUCUCUUUCCUAUGGAGAAAAAUACGGGCUGUCCAGAAGAAAGGCUCAAAGAAAGAAAUAAAAGCCCUCAAAAGAAAAAUGAUUGGCUUGAUAGCAUACGCAUACUCGCUCCUAAACUGCCAAGAGUGCGCACCAAGAACUCCAGACUUCUACGCUGGAGAGUACUCCAACAUGACCCUAAAGAAUCUUUUCGUUACGCUUAAGUGGGUUGUGUGCAAUCUCAACGAGAAAAACAAAUGCUGCUUCCUCCAGAACGCCGAGGGCAUUUUCUGCUUCUAA